AUGAAGAGUUGUGUCUCAACCCAGAUACGUCUCAAAACUGGGACCCUGGCUGCCCCCAGACCUUCCCAGGGGGCUGUGGAGAGGGGUACGUUGGUGUAACUGUAGACCGAUGUGACAUUUCAUGGAGAAAGGGGUGAGCAUUCAGCAAAUAGAGGACUAUUUGCAUAGGUGUUAUCCCAGGAGCAGACUCAGGAGGUGGAUCCUAGUCAGUGACAUCACUUUGCUCACAAUAGGCCCCAGGAGAACUUGGAACUCCUGUAACCCGGCACCCAUGCACUAGUGAGGUCCCAUACCAGUCUCACUUGUCUACAGACACAGAGAGUUUGGGAUGUUCUCUUGUUUUCCCAGUUACCAGUACUCUGGAUACCAGAAACCCCAGUGUACAGGAUUAUUCGGAUGUUGGAGAGGUUUCCUUCACCCACGCUGGCGAUGCCUCAGGAUGUUUUCCAGGAGGUCACAUAAGGUAAUACAGAGCAGCCUAGAGCAGGCCAGGCCAGGUCAGGUCAGGUCACAGCUCUGAGCCAUCCUUGGGCACCCCCAUCCCCUCGUGUUCAGUUUCAGGGAAAGGGGGACACGUGAGGUGCUCCUGUCCUGGACUGGAGGAGGUUGCAUGGCAGUGGACGACCUGGUGGACCCAUCAUGGCCAUGCAGAUGUCAUGCUGGGAAGGAGGCAAAAGGGAUCUCUGAGGUGCCUUAACCUAUAACCGGUUUAAUCCAAGGCCCUCAAACCACGUUGCUUCUCCUCCUUGGGGGAGGUGUGUGCACACUGUGGUGUAUAUAUCUGCAAUGAAUUCACAUGGGUCGAGGAAAAGUGAAAGCAAGCAGACAUGGCUUUGAGGACUCCUGCCUGCGUGCUGGGCACUGUCUUUACAGAGCCACACGUCAGAGAUGGAGGAGAAGGUGAAUGAUGAGAGCCCCUCCUCUACUUCCCUGAAGGACAGGAGGAAGCCCCAUGCCAUCAGCAGGAUGCCCCGCUGGCUCAGGGCCGCACCUGUGAAUGAGAAUGAGAACUGUGUGGAGUGGACCAUCGAUGCAGGCCUGCUGAAGCAGUGAGUGGAGCACCUGGUGCCCGCCUUCCUGUGGAGAGACCCCACCUGCUUCUUCACAUUCUUGGGCACGUACAGAGCUUUUGCUACCACCCAACAGGUCCUGGAACUAUUGUUUAUGAGAUAUGGCUGCUUCCUUCCUGAGACUGAGGAAGAUGGUGGACCCCGGAAGCAGGAGAAAAUGGCCAUCUCCUCCAUUCUGGGCACCUGGCUGGACCACUACCCUGAGGACUUUUUCCAGCCCCCAGAUUUCAUCAGCCUGCAGAUACUGCGGGCAUAUAUAGGGGUCCACAUGCCAGGCUCCGAGCUGCAGCGCCGUGACCACCUUCUCUACUCAUCACGGAGAAACCAUGAGCCCAAUGAGCCAGAAUCUCUGGCUAUGGCACCAGCUCCAGAGCAAGAUCCAGACGUCACUCAGGAGCUAGCCCCCGCUAUCUCUGUGGUGCCCACUGCAGCUUCGCAGCCCAGGCUGCCUGCAGCCACCACUCAUCCUGGAUCUCAGCAAUUAGAAGAAUUGGUGACCCUCCCUGCAGAGUCACCACCAGUGCAGGUGGUAGUCCCAGCUCUGAUUCACUGUCAGGAGCUGGAAGAGACACCUGCCCCUUUGGUGGACCCAGACCCUGAGCAGCCUCCAGCCCCAGAUGGCGGGGUCACGGAAGGGCUGGAGCAACCACCUGCUGCAGCUGAGCAACCAGCCUCGGCUCCCGAGCAGUGGCGCAUGUUGGCUGCAGCCCCAAAGGAUGCCCUGAUCCUGUCAUUGUGUUCUUUGUAAUUUUUGUGGUUUGUAUAGAGAUAUUUACUGUCCUUAUGUAUUGUUUUGUAAAUAAAACAUAAA